GAAACAAAUAGAGUUGAAGACUUUAAUGUGCAGUGCAUUCACUACAAGAUACACUACAAGAUAAACAAAUUGCAGAAAUUGUGAUAUUAAUUUUAAAAUAAUUUUUUUUUGUUAUUAAGUAAAAACUGAACUGGAAAAACUGAUUUCAUCCAAAAUGAUUUGGUGUUUAGUUCAAUUACCGAACAAUACAACAUUAGCCAUCGAAUGUGCCAACAAGCCAGAUGGACCCAGUAUUGGCCAGCAAUGCUUGGAGAAGGUUUGCAAAGAUUUGGACAUCAAAUGCGAGACUGAGUACUUUGGUCUGGUGCUGCGAAAACCAUCCGAUAAACCAAAAACGGCCACCAACCACGAAUGGAUCAACCUACGCAAUCCAUUGCCACAGAUGAACGGUCAACAAAUCUUACUGGAACUGCGCGUGAAAUUCUGGGUUCCCGCACAUUUGAUACUGCAAGACAGCGUUCGCAACAUAUUCUAUAUGCAGGCAAGAAACGAUUUGCUGGAGGGACGAUUGAAGGCAAUCAGCUGGGAAAAUGCUGCCAAGCUGGGUGCUCUGUUGGCGCAAGCUGAUGAGAUGAAGUAUGACGACACUUACGUACCUGCCGAAUGUUUAUUCACCGAACCAAAAAAGAAUUGUGAUACGAGUUUCAAUGGGAAAGGAAAGAAGCGAAAACUGUCGAAGCAACGAUCAGUUGAAGAUGGUGUGGGUGACGAUGAAGUAUCAAUACCUCAACAGAAACCGAAAUCAGUCUACGAAAAGUAUAUCAUUCGACCGGACAUUGAAGAGGAGGACGCAGCCAUCCCGUGUGAUUUCAUCCAAGGAAUUGCCAAGGAACAUUCUAAGCUGAUCAAUCUGAAAAUGACAUCAAAAUCGGCUAAAUACUGGCUGCUGGAGAGCAUAUCAAAACUACCGCGAUUUGGCGAAGAAAUGUUUACGGGAACGACUGUCAACGAUACGGCCUGUUGUGAUAUUAGCGUUGGACCGCACGGUAUCGUCGUCUAUAAGCCAAUGGAACAGAUACGGAUACCAUUUAGUGCUGCAUCUUCGGCAACGCCAAUGAAAAAUCUCUUUCGAUUGACAUACUUAACGGAAGAGAAUUCGACCGAAGUUCUUGAGAUUAAGAUGUCCCGAUCGAAGACUGCAACAUGUCUGUAUCGCGCCAUUACCGAGAAACAUGCAUUUUAUUCCUGCGAGACCGUAUGCUCAGAUGUGACUACACAGUUUAUCAGAGAUCUAAAGGGUACAAUCGCAUCGAUGUUCAAUGUGGACACGAAAAGUGGCCGACUAUAUGUGUUUGACAUUGAGCGCACAUGCCGAGAGGUUCACGAUCAUGCUCGACGGGUUCUACAUUUACGGGGCAUCGAAAUAUUCUCUCAAUCGACUGAUAUGCCGGAAUUGGGCACAGACUUUGACGAUUUGGUGCAGAGCCAAAUCGACAGCAAAGCGAAAAUGGACGCAAAGAUAUCGGAGCGAAUAGCUGAAGCGUUGACCUGCUUGAUUUGUGUGGAUCACUCGAUGAAUUCGAUAUUUGUCCCGUGCGGUCAUGUUUUGUGCUGUGAAAGCUGUGCGUUGAGAUGCGAAACGUGUCCCCUUUGCCGUUCACCAGUAUCUGCGGUCAACAAAAUAUUUUUACCAACAUUUCAAUCAGAACAAAAGCGAACGAUUAAAAUUUAAGAAAAUUGACCGAGAAGCAUUACAUUAGUUCUCCACCAAUAACCUAAAAAUUUAUUUGAAUUUUCGACAAGUGCAGUGUCUCUUCGUGUACACAUUCGGGAAAAGUUGACAUUAAAAUUGGAAAUAUUCGCGAAAGUUUCGUAACACAAAAUGCUUAUCUCUACAACGAUGCACAUCUGACUCAAAAAUGCAUUUAAUUCGGUCCGGAAACAAAUGCAUUUACGGUGUGUGCAUUCAACUUUUUAUUUUUUAUCAAAAUAUUACUUAAAAUUCAUAUUUUUUCCAAACGAAACUUUCCAAUGCUUUAAACAAUUUGUCUAAAUCCAGAAUUUCUAUUGAUUAAUUGAUUGGAUUAUUUCUUUAUAGUUUUUUUUUAGUUUUUAAUUUUGUGAUUAUUAAACCAUUAAGGAUUUACUAUUACGACGAUUUUUUUUUGUAUUUUUACAAUGAAUUCAUUAAGGAUUUUUUAUUUUUAUGAUUAUUAGUUACUAAUAUGCCUAAAUGUAACACACUACAAUGCAAAUAACGUAUCUCUAUACUGAAAAAGAAAAGAAAAUUAUUAUGUUUAAGGAAGAUUAUAUAGAAGAAGAAGAAAAUUAUUAUACCUAAACGUAUGAACAGAAAGUAUCAUU